ACAAAAGCAAUAAUUCGUUGCUAUGGGGAAUAAUAAACAACAAAAAAUUUAGUCAGAAAAUUUUCUGAAUAAUGGCAGAUUUGCAAGAACCCCUUUUUGUUCCUGAAGAAGUAAUGAAACAGGCUGAGGCAGCAUGUCUUAGUUUGCUGCCAAGAAAAUCUAAAGACAAUUACGACAAAGAGUUCCGCCAGUUUGAAGAAUGGAGGGAACAGCAAGGUCUGAAUGGAGUCAACGAAGAGGUCAUGCUGGCUUAUUUCCACAAUUAUUACAGAAGAAAAUUGGCACCUUCUUCGAUGUGGACGAAAUAUUCCAUGGUAAAAAGUACUUUGAAGGUAUAUAAGAAUGUCGACAUAUCAAAAUAUGGAAAACUGAUCAGCUAUCUGAAGAAUGAAACAAGGACUCACAAACCUAAAAAGGCGAAGACUUUGGAAAGAGAAUAUGUAGAGAAGUUUUUGACACAGGCACCUGAUAGUAAAUACUUGAUGAUAAAGGUUGCAUUGGUAAUGGGGAUAUCAGGUGCCUGUCGUUGUGAUGAAAUCACCAAACUGACAGUUGAUGAUAUUGAAGAUAAGGGAGGAUACUUAUAUUAG